AUGAAGAGGCAAUGCAGCACCGUGUCUCCGUCAGCAUCACGGCGAGAAAACACGCCGGAGAAAAUUCACGUCAAGGCUAUCGGCUGCAUGUCCGGCAUUCUCCAUCUCAUUUCCACUUCCAAUUCCCGUCACCAUCGCCGAUUUCUCACAUUCGGAAAGAAACAGUCUAAGAAUCACGGUUGUUUCGUUUCCACCGCCACUGUCAAUCCUCAACCAGAAAAAACGAGGGAGAAGAAGAGCAAUAAAGUAUCUACUGUCCAAAAUCCAAAGUCUUCAUGCGAAGUUCCAAGGAGUCCGACUUUGCCGGCAGAGAUUCGUCGGAAGUCUGUGGAGAAUAUUGGAGAGACACCGGCGUUAGUGGCGAGGCUGAUGGGAUUAGAGGCGCUUCCGUCAACGCCGGAAUCGGUGGUGGAGAAGAGACAGAAGCUUCUAGGAGCUUUGCAGAGAUGUGACGACGAUCUCAAAGCGCUGAAGAAAAUCAUCGAAGCAGUUCAGACUCCUGACGCGGCUCCGUCUCCGAAGGCGGUAGUGGUUAAGCGAACUGUUUGUGAGGUGAAGUGUUCGGUGGUUAACGGUGAGCAGCAGCAGCCGAGUCCCGUGUCUGUUCUAGACGAGUUCACUCGUUCGCCACUCAGUUCUAACGGCCUCUCGGGACGACAUUCAUUUGCACGAAUACAACAAACGAAGCAGCAGUUAUUGAAGAAGCCGGGAGAAGAAGAAAUCAGCAGCACAUUAUAUAUGCACGAGAGAAUAACAAACGAGUUGGUUAAUAAGAAAGUGAAUGAGGAAGAUCGUUCAAUUAUGUUGAGUAGUAAAGGCAUGAUCAGAAGUGUAGAGGAGGUGUGUAGAGACGUUGCUUGGGGAGAAAAUAGAGAGGUUGGAAGAAUAGGACUGGCUUUGCAAGAUUGUAUCUGCAGAGAUUUGGUGGAGGAGAUUGUUAGAGAAUUAGGAUGCCUUUAUACUUUGCCAUUUGAGUCAUGUAAGAGAAGACUCUGCUUCUAA